AUGCGCGGCCUCACGCUGAGCCAGUUUCGUAGUAACAGAGCCCAGAAUUUCGGUCAGUGGUGUCGGUAUGCGGAUGACACCUUCGUCGUUAUCGAACGGGAUCAGGCACUGCAAUUCAAAGAACAACUCAACGCCGUCCUCCUGGACAUUAAAUUCACGACGGAGGAGGAGAAAAACAACCAGCUGGCCUUCCUGGAUGUCCUCUUCUGCCGCAACAGUUGA